AUGGCCCGCACUAGGACGUCUUGCCUGUUGGUAUGUUUGCUCGCUGUCCUGACCCGAGGUGUGACUGCCCUUGACUGCGCACCCCAGUGCCGAUGUUACGGUACCACUGUCGACUGCAGUCACGGAGCCCUCACAGGAUUUCCGACAAAUCAACACAUACCAACUUCAACAGAAGUCCUCCUGUUGAAUGAUAAUCAGCUGUCAGUAGUGUUCCGUUAUCCUGAGCUUCCCACCCUACUGGAACUGAGCCUGGAAGAUAACUCCAUCACUGCCCUGUCAAAAGAUUCAUUCCUUUAUCGGACAAGCCUUCAGAUUCUCCGAUUAGGAGGAAACGCGAUCUCCAAUCUUCCCGCUUCGGCUUUCAACGGGCUGAGCCAACUUGUGAGACUUUACCUGAAUAGAAACACCAUCACAACAAUAACUGCGUUUGGAAGCAAUUCUGUCGUCAAGAGACUGAAGAUGCUCGACUUACAGGACAACAAACUCACGUCCAUCGGCAUCGGGACGUUCACAGGAGUCUCACUUCUUACGGAGCUCAACCUUUCAUCUAAUAACAUCUCAGCGAUAGAAGACAGGAGCUUCAGUCAUCUUAAGGAGCUACUUGUCCUGUACCUGCAUUCAAAUCACAUCGGCAUGUUGACCAACGCGACCUUCAUGGGAAUGUCAGCCUUAACUCGUCUGACUUUGAGCAACAACAAGAUCCAGAGUCUACCUGAUAUGGCCUUCAUCGGCGCCCCAAACCUGGGGUUUCUGGACCUGUCAUUAAACGACCUCUCCACAAUCACACAGAAAGCGUUUUCAGGACUGUACAAUCUAACCACCCUGCUUCUGGGUAAUAACAAAAUCAUCUCUAUCGAGGACUGGGCGUUUGGUGACCUGGUGAAGCUGCAGUCAUUGGUCCUGAGGAACAAUUUUCUACAGAACAUGUCAGCAGCAACUUUCACGUUCACCUCUGCGGAACUAUUGGCUAACGAUAUCGCAAACGUGGAGGACUUUUCGUUCGAGAAUCUCGCCAACCUGAAGGUCUUAGGGAUAUACGAGAACCGUCUGACGAAUGUCUCAGCUGCAACAUUUAAAGGCCUGGUGUCUGUGGAGCAUAUAGGGAUGGGAAAUCAGCCUAUUGGAAGCUUUCCUGACGACACGUUCUGGCAUCUUCCAAAGCUCGCUCACUUGGGCCUACUCGGCAACCCACUCGUGAGCAUCAGCGACGCUGUGUUGUCUCCCCUACAAAGCUUAAAAAGUGUAAGUAAUCCAGAAAACUAAUUCUAUUUGUGUUUCAAUUGGUGAUGACAGCAGAUCGUGUUACCAUAAUGAUAGUGCCUUGUCAAAAUAUUUAAGGAAGAAUUCAAGA